GGUUCUGUCCCGCCUGUUUGGCGCUUCCCUUCCUCUCCCGCCAGCCAUGAGCUCCACGCAGUUCAACAAGGGCCCCUCAUACGGGCUUUCGGCCGAAGUUAAGAACCGGGAACUGCCCCAUGGCGGAACACAUCUCCCCUGGGUAUCCCUGGGCCUAGCCACUCCAGGUUUCUGAGCCUUUGAUGCUCUGGGAUGCUGCAGUGGGGAACAAGCAGCUCCUGUCCAAAUAUGACCCUCAGAAGGAGGCUGAACUCAGGAGCUGGAUUGAGGGGCUCACUGGCCUGUCUAUCGGCCCUGAUUUCCAGAAGGGUUUGAAGGAUGGGAUUAUCUUAUGCACACUCAUGAACAAGCUGCAGCCAGGCUCAGUCCCCAAGAUCAACCGCUCCAUGCAGAAUUGGCACCAGCUAGAAAACCUCUCCAACUUCAUCAAGGCCAUGGUUGGCUAUGGAAUGAACCCUGUGGACCUGUUUGAGGCCAACGACUUGUUUGAGAGUGGGAACAUGACGCAGGUGCAGGUGUCUCUUCUGGCCCUAGCUGGGAAGGCCAAGACAAAGGGACUACAGACUGGUGUGGACAUCGGUGUCAAGUACUCAGAGAAGCAGGAACGGAACUUUGAUGAUGCCACUAUGAAGGCAGGACAGUGUGUCAUCGGGCUGCAGAUGGGCACCAACAAAUGUGCCAGCCAGUCGGGCAUGACAGCAUAUGGCACAAGAAGGCAUCUCUAUGAUCCUAAGAAUCAUAUCCUGCCUCCCAUGGACCAUUCAACCAUCAGCCUGCAGAUGGGCACAAACAAGUGUGCCAGCCAGGUGGGUAUGACAGCUCCUGGGACCCGGAGGCACAUCUGUGAUACCAAGCUAGGGACUGACAAGUGUGACAACUCCUCCAUGUCCCUGCAGAUGGGCUAUACACAGGGUGCCAACCAGAGCGGCCAGGUCUUUGGCCUGGGUCGGCAGAUAUAUGAUCCCAAGUACUGCCCACAAGGCCCAACUGCCGAUGGAGCUCCACUGGAUGCUGACAACUGCCUAGGUUCAGGCGAAGGCCCAGAGUAUCCCCCCUGCUACCAGGAGGAGGCCAGCUACUGAGGCACCCAUACAUGCUGUCUCCCCACAUCAUCAUCUUAUCUGGGUUUUGGAGUUUUUCUGUGUGUUUGCCAUUUUUUUUUUUUUUUUAACAUGUGCUGCCAAUGGAGGGUUUGUAGGAGUCUGGGUAGGAUCAGGUGGCAGAUCCCACUUGUCUUGCAGAACUGAGCCAGCAGGCUGAAGGAGAAGGGGCCAUAUUCAGAUGCACGGGUGUUUGGGUUGGGGCAGGAUCCCUGCCAGGGCACAUGCAAGAGGUGGACUGAGCCAUGUUGGGGAAAAGAGACCUGGGCAGAGAGGAGAACUGGCCCCAAAUGGUUUCCAGUUUCAACUCCUCUUAUCUUUUUUUUUUUGAGACAGAGUUUCAUUUUGUCACCCUCAGUAGAGUGCCGUAAUGUCAUAGCUCACAGCAACCUCAAACUCUUAGGCUCAAGUGAUUCUCCUGCCUCAGCCUCCUGACUAGCUGAGAUAUGGGCACUCACCACAAUGCCCAGCUACUUUUUUUAGAGAUGGCAUUUCGCUGUUGCUCAGGCUGUUCUUGAACUCAUGAGCUCAGGGAAUCCACCUCCCUCGGCCUCCCACAGUGUUAGUAUUACAGGUGUGAGCCAUUGCGUCCAGCACUUCUCUUCCCUUUUGUCUACCAAUCAGUUUGUGGUUUCUGUGCCCACAGAAGUUUCAGGAAGUUUUUUUGUUUGUUUGUUUGUUUUCUGAGACAGAGUCUAAUUCUGUUGACUUAGGUCACAGCUUGCUACAACCUCAAACUCAUAGGUGCAAGUGAUCCUCUUGCCUCAGCUUCCCAAGUAGCUAGGUCUAUAGGUGUACGCCACCACACCCAGCUAGUUUUUCUGUUUUUAGUAGAGAUGGGGUCUCACUCUUGCUCAGGCUAGUCUAGAACUUCUGAGCUCAAGCAAUCCCUCACCUCAGCCUCCCAGAGUGCUAGGAUUAUAGGCAUGAACCUCAAUGUCCAGCCUAAAAGAAAAUAUUUUUUCCCCGGGGAAUGGGUUAGGGAUGGUGGAGGGGUGCAGGGAAGGGGGUCCCUUGGGAAAGAGACAAAUUAUUUAGGAUCCUGCCCGACUGGAUUUCCUUAGGACCCUCAGACCAACAACACUGGUGGCCCAGAGGCCCCAUGAGAAAACUGAGGCCUAUGCAUGACUCUGGAGUUCUAAGUGGUUGAGGCAAAGGUAGACCCCCUCCCCGAGCUCGUCCCCACCACCCGCAUGGGGCCUCAGUAGGUUUUAUUUUUUAAUUUUUUGUUUUUUGAGACAGAGUCUCUACUGCCCAGGUUAGAGUACUGUGGCGCCGGCCCAAGUCAAAACAACCUCAAACUCCUGGGUUCAAGCCAUCUUUCUGCUUCAGCCUCUUGAGUAGCUGUAACUUUAGGCACUCAUCCCAUUAGCCAGCUAAUGUUUUCUAUUUUUAGUAGAGAUGGGAUCUCUUGCUCAAUUUGGUCUCUAGCUCCUGAGCUCAAGUAAUCCUCCUGCCUCAGCCUCCCAAGAAUGCUAGGAUUAUAGGCGUAAGCCAGUGUUCCUGGCCACCUCAGUAGGUUUAAAGAGUCCCCAGUUCCCUUCUCCCCUUCCUGGGCCUGACCCACUGUCUCUUGCCUGUCAGUACUCCCCUGAGAUCCCCAGCUGGGCACAUGAGAUAAUGUGAAUUACCAACUCUGGACCAAAAGCAAUAAAAACUUCUGUUUGUAGGAAAACAAGGUGUCUUGAGAGAGUUGUAGUCAAACUCUAUCUUCGUAGGGAGGGGGCUAUUUUGCUUUGGUCUUUUCUGGAACCCUGUGAAAUGGGGUGGGGUCCAAGGAGAAAACAUCCACAGCAGCCUUGGGAGAGGGAGAAGCUGAGGC